GUUUUGUUUUAGGAGAAAGGAUAUGACUACGAAUAAUUCUAUCUUUGCUUCUUCCAUUAUUUUGGAACUUAAUACGAAAGAUUAGUGGAUUUGUGAAGUUCCAUUAUAUCUCAUUCAGUACACAUGAAUCAUAUGUACAUAGUUGAUCUGUUUUUACCUCUUGGCUCCUAAUCAAAACCAUUUCGUCUUUUUAUGGAUUUACGGCGCGAUUCACAACUAAAACUAGCAGCUAAGUCUGAUCCAAGAACACACAAAGCCACCAUUUUUUUCGCUAUCCUAUCCAAAUGGUAACUUGUACAUUGUGAGAUAUUUAUUACCUUGAGCUAACUAAUUUUCUUCACGGACUGCAUCAUCAAUUCUCUUCAAGUACCUGGAGAAAGACGGCGGGACGGGGUUUCACGUCGCCGGCGGAGGAGAAGGAGGAGGAUUUGACGUGGCGGAGGAGAAGCUGGGUGUAAGCCUGAGCGAUGGAACAAUCGCCGAGGCCAUCCUUUUUGUUCAGUGGAUGUGAGCUCAAGAGGAGAAAGCUGGAGCUUAAAAUCCACAUGUUCUUGGUCAUUUUUAUUGUAUUUAUAGAAACACCCCCUUAAUUUCAAUUUUAUCACGUUUGAGUGCAAAACUGUUGAACGAUUUCUAGAUUGACAAUGCAGCUUUUUCUCUUCCGCAAGAACACUGAAAAGUAAACAUUUUUAUCGGCGAAACGAAACCCAAUUGAAUCAAAUCCUACUUUCUUAUUCUCUUAACAAAAAAAAAAAAAAAAUGGCUUCUCUUUGUCAAGCGUGCUCUUCUUCUUCGGCUACACCAUUGCUUCUGGCGAAAAGGGUGUUUUCCCUGGCUUCAUCGCCGUUUAUCGGGCACAAAAGCCCUCGCCAUUAUAGCAGCUUCAGAGCAUCCACCUCCGCGUCUGCGUCUACAUCAGUUUGUCUCGAUUUAAAGGAAGUGCGAAGCACUGAUUUGGUUGAAUUGGAGUAUGCAGAUCUCAACCUCAAGUACAAGAUAUCUGAGGAAGUGGGUCAUGUAAGAAUCAGACAGCAUGUUAAUCCUCUCAGUUCCUCUUUCUCUACGCCAGCUCCAGUUCCUGCUUGGGAUGAAGUGUAUAAGGAUCCAUCGCUGCCUCUUAUGGUGGAUAUUGGCAGUGGUAGUGGCAGAUUUCUCUUAUGGCUAGCCAAAAAGAAUGCUGCGUCAAGAAAUUACUUGGGGUUGGAGAUACGCCAGAAACUGGUCAAGCGUGCAAACUUUUGGGUGAAUGAGCUCGGGCUUUCAAACGUACACUUCAUAUUUGCAAAUGCCAUGGUUUCCUUUGAACAACUUAUCUCAAGCUAUCCUGGACCGUUGGAGCUUGUCUCAAUCUUGUGUCCGGAUCCGCAUUUCAAGAAACGGCAUCAAAAGAGACGUGUUGUCCAAAAGCCUCUGGUACAUUCCAUUCUGCAAAACCUUAAACCCGGAGGAAAGAUCUUUGUGCAGUCAGAUGUGCUUGAAGUAGCUCAAGACAUGAGAGAUCAGUUUGACGAGGAAGCAAAGGUUCUUCGACACGUGGACACAGCCGACACAGAGGAAGGUUGGUUAAUGGAAAACCCGAUGGGUAUACGAACCGAACGAGAGAUCCACGCUGAAUUCGAAGGUGCAAGAAUCUACAGAAGACUAUACCAGAAACAAGAUUCAGCUUCCAUGAUCGUUUGAAAAAUAUCCAAAUCAGUUUGGAUUGGUUUAAUUCGGUCUUAGUAUCUAACAGCUUAUUGAGAGUGUAUAAUGCAAAUCGAGUAAACCACUUCAAAACCAUACCGGACUUUUUGUUUAUGGCUUUUCUUUUCGUUAACUAAACAGUCAAGUGACUUUUAAUAUGAUAAAAUCUCUGUAAUGGAUUCUAGUUCUUUUUAAUUUUACUUUAAAUUAUGUAGUUGUUCGUUUAUAUUUUGAAUAUAGAUUUAUGAUGAUUUUUUUCAGUUUUA